AUGGGUGGCGGAGACGGGGCCGCAUUUAAGCGGCCCGGGUACGGCGCCCGCCUCCAGCGCGUCCUCGGGCUUGGCUCCCGCCGGACGCCCUGCUCUCUGCCCACCGGAGGGCCCGCUCGGUGCCGCACCGCGCCUCCGCUGCCCGGCCAUGCGAGCGCCGGCCCCGCUGCGAUGAGCUCGCACAUCGCCAAAAGCGAGUCCAAGACGUCGCUGCUGAAGGCGGCUGCGACGAGCGGGGGCAGCCGGGUUCCCCGCCAGGGCCCUGCCCGGGAGCCAGGGCUGCCUAGCCGCCGGCUGCCCAGCACCUGCCCUGGCACGCCACCGCCGUCCGGGGACCCCAGUUUACGGAGGCCCCUGUGCCGGCCGGCGCCGCGAGAGGAGGGCGUGCGGGGAAGCCGCUGCGGGCUCCCCCAGGCGCACUGCAGGCCCCGGGAGGCGCUGCGGGCGGCCGCAGCGUCCCGACCUUCUCCCCAGUCGCCGCUGCCGCCGGCCCGCGGGCGGGAUGGGGAGGAACGGGGGCUGUCCCCGGCGCUCGGCCUCCGGUGCGCGCAGCGAGCCCCUAGUCGCGGGGUCUCCGCUCCAGCUGCCGCGUCCGAGGCAGACCCGUUCCUCCACCGGCUGCGCCCCAUGCUCAGCUCCGCCUUCGGCCAGAUGCGCCAGGAGGAGACUGCCAGCUACAGAGUGGUGCAGACGAGCGAGGAGGGGCUGGCGGCCAGCGGCGAGCUCCCCGGACCACUCCUGAUGCUGGCCCAGAACUGCGCCGUCAUGCACAACCUGCUGGGCCCUGCCUGCAUUUUCCUGCGCAAGGGCUUCGCUGAGAACAGGCAGCCUGACAGAUCCCUGCGGCCAGAGGAGAUUGAAGAGCUCCGAGAGGCCUUCAGGGAGUUUGACAAGGACAAGGACGGCUACAUCAACUGCCGAGACCUGGGCAACUGCAUGCGCACCAUGGGCUACAUGCCCACCGAGAUGGAGCUUAUUGAGCUGUCCCAGCAGAUCAACAUGAACCUGGGUGGCCAAGUGGAUUUUGAUGACUUUGUGGAGCUAAUGGGACCUAAACUCCUGGCGGAGACGGCAGAUAUGAUUGGUGUAAAGGAACUACGAGAUGCUUUCCGAGAGUUUGACACCAAUGGUGAUGGGGAGAUAAGCACCAGUGAGUUGCGAGAGGCCAUGAGGAAACUCCUGGGUCAUCAGGUGGGACACCGAGACAUAGAGGAAAUUAUCCGAGAUGUGGACCUCAAUGGGGAUGGCCAUGUGGACUUUGAAGAGUUUGUCCGGAUGAUGUCCCGCUGAGGCCGGGAGGGCCCCCCAGGACUGCCAAGCUCCCACGGGCGGGAGAAGAGGGGCCAGAGCUCUUCUCGCCCGCUGCUGCAGCUGCCGAGAGCCAGGAUGGACUGGUGGAGGGGGCCUGCUUGCACCCCGGGGAGGUGCCCACCCCGGACCCCCACCCUGCACUGUGAAAGAUUCACAACUCCUGCAACUGGAAAGUGGGGCGCCCACCGACAACGAGGCCACAGUGCCAAGCCCACAGAGGUUAUGCAAGGCGCCAAGUGCCAUGUACCCAGCCGCUGCCGGCUGGAUGGGCCAGGGAGCCCGCCAGCAGAUCCCACAUAGCAUGUCUGCCUAGGGCAAAGCCUCUUGUUGCCCUCCUUAGCGCUGUGCCCAUCCCAGCUCGCCUCAGCCUUGUAAUCUCAGAACCAAUAAAAGUAUUUCCGAGAGCAA